AUGAUUGCUUAUGAAACAAAUAUUCGAUUAUCCGAACCAAUUCAAGAACUUAUGGAUUCUUAUCACAAGGAUGAAGCUGCACUGAGACUCAUACUCGAUCUCAUUCAACAGCAUGUCGUAGAACAUUUCGGAUAUCAUCACGUCAAUGCAUUACGUACUGCUUUGUAUCGAUUUCCAGAUGAUCCCGCGGUAAAAUCAGCUUUUUAUGUAAAGCAUAACAAGGUCACACAAGGUCUGAUCAAUCAAGGCCAAUGCGUGCGUGACGUCGAAUUGUAUACUACGGAAGGUCAGCCUACAAAUCUUUUUUCACAAAUCACAGCUGACCAACCAUUACGAAUUAACGCGCUAUUUCGCUCGCAUGCGUCCGAUGGCAUGCGUUUCUUGGUAGUUUAUAUUGCCGAGGCACAUGCACGUGAUCAAUGGCCUAUGGGCAAAAUUAUAUCAUGUGUGAAUCAGCCAACCACACUUGAACAACGCCUUGAGAAUGCUCGAGAAUGUCAGAAGGAUUGCAAAUUUGAAGUGCCCAUGCUUGUAGAUAAUAUGGAUAAUACAUUUCAUCUUACAUAUGGAUCAUGGCCAUUCCGUUUCUAUGUUAUUCACAAUGAACAACUCGUCUUGAAAGCGGAACCAGACAAGGAUACCUUCAGCUAUCACAUCGAUGAACUUGAUCAAUGGAUUGACAAUUUCUGUCAAUCACGUUCUCCCAUUGUUUAA